AUGUCAUCAGCGGAAGACGAUGAAACAGAUUCGAUCUCGCAAAGUUCCUCGAUUGGUCCAAGAAUUCACUUGACUGACUUGGAGUCGGCUCCUCGUGGCGGAUCUGACUCAAUCUCGUACUCUGGAUCGACCAACAGUGAAUCAUCGGCCUCCUUCGCCGGCAAUUUACUUGCUCAUACGGCUUUUCUGAAGCCACUCACUCAAAUCAGUAAUGGAUCGAAAACGGUUGUGAUGAGAGAUCGAGACGAUUCUUUUCAAAGACGCACUCCCGAGCGUCAUUCUGCUCAUUUUGGUACCACUGGUCGAGUCGAGAAUUUCGCUCUUCGACGUAGCCCGAAAAGCCCGAAAACCGGGGAUCCGCCGGCCAAAUGGACUGAAGUGUUUGUGUCGAAAAGAAUCCGCAAAAAGAUCAACAAUGCUCUUGGGUAUGAUCGAGAAAGUGCUGAGACCAGCGCCGAAACAACAGAAAGCGCAUCAGCGGAUUCAAAGGCUGAAUUGAAUCGAUUGAGCAAAAAGGAGCUGGAUGCACGAAUGGAACAACUGUUACAAGAGAGAAAUGUGCCACCGGAGAAAGUUCGCGAUCAACUCGCGAAAAUGCCUGAUGAGGUGAAAAAGCAACUCCUCUUGGCCAACAAUCGACAAAUUUCGGAGACAAAACAUCCAAACAAAUUCUUGAUGAUGCUGGGACAAGGGCUUUCGUCACCAGUGGAAAACGUUCGUGAGGGUUUAGCCUCACUAAGAGUCACACUCACCUGUCAACCUGUGAAAUGGGUUGAAGAGUUUGCUACAUUGCAAAUGGAGACAUCAGAGGGGAUGGCUACGGGUUUGGAUCUUGUUUCACACACGAUGAGACGAGUGAUGAUCUCGUUGAAAGAAGUUGUCAAUGCAAGAGACGCAAACCUUAACCAUGCCGCCGUUCUACUCGGAAUGCUCAAGGAUUGCGUGCUUUGCAUUCAUGGAAUCGCCAACACUUAUCCGGGUCUUAACAUGGUACUCCGAAAAGCGGAUAUAUCUGUGCGAACGAUGCUCGCCACUCUUCUCGAUCUCAACAACAGAAGUCUAGAGGAGAAUUUCGUUUUUCGGAAAUUAGCUUCUGACGUUGAUGCAGCGCGAAUGGAACUCCUAAAAUUGAUAUCUCUUGUCACAUUUGUUAGUGAAAAGCUUGUUCGUGCGACAAAUGUCGAUAUGAAUGGGUUGGACAAAGUGAUGUCGGAAUUGGGAGCGAUCGCAAAGCAAAUGAAAAUGCCAAAAUGGUGGCCGAUUCUGUCAACUCUUGGAUGUUUAUCCGACGAUCCAUCAGCAGAUGAACAAGAGUGUUUACUAAAAGUGUUGAAUGUGAUCAAUUUCGCGAUCAAUCCGACACAUAUGAUGAGUGAAGGAUCGGAUGAUGGAGACAGUGUUGAAGAAGAAGCAAUGCUGCAAUGGAGAAUGAGGAUACGAUCCGAAAUCUUUCAUCAAGGACUUGGAAAAUAUGAACAGAAAAUCGAGAAGUUUUUCGCGAAAAGCGAAUUGACGCCUACAUUGUCUCAAUGCGCUGAGCGAUGGAAUGCUUAUGCACAGUUGAGAGAAGAGGACUUCAAUGAACUAGUCACUCGACUUGAUACAAUAAAAGUCGAUAACGAGAAGUACAACUCGAUCGAUGGAUGUGCCAAGAUAUUGUCAGAGAUUGGAAAAGGCUCAUUAGAGGGUCAAGUGAUGCAGGGUCUUCUCCUAUCUAUUCUUCAACUUUUCACUCUUCUACCUGAUAAGGAAUCUGCUUUAAGAGUUGCCUAUCUACAACUCAUUGAGUCAUGCAUUUCUGAAAUCGUUCUCCAUAAAGGAGGCGUUCAUCCAAAUUUCGAGGAGCGUUUCGUUUUUGAAACCCCGGCUAGAGAUAUCAUUGAGCAAUUAGCCGACUCAGAUGUAUCAAGAAGACUAAACGGGGCGAUUGAAUCGAAGCAGAUUGCUGUCGCUCGUCAACAACAAUACUGGACAAAGCUGGAAGAGUUUCGGCUGGAGAGUGAAGCCUUGCGAAAACAUAUAGAAGAUCCAUCAAAGCCUGUUCCAUCUAAAACUAUGUGUACAUUAACUCCACCAGAAGCAAGUUCAGCGUUACCUCCAGUGACUGGCGGUCCACCUCCACCUCCACCGCCACCUCCACCUGGAAGUGCUGCUCCUCCACCUCCACCACCUCCUCCGCCGUUGCCUGGUGGUGGCCCUCCUCCACCCCCUCCACCCCCUCCACCUCCUGGUUUCAAAGGUCCACCUCCACCACCUCUUCCUGGCCUAUUUGCUCCUGCCCUUCCUACUUUACCCGCUUUUCUUAAAAAGAAAAAAGAAGUGAAAAUUGGAGUGGCAUUGAGAAAACUUCCGUGGACAUCAAAUUUGAUUCAACCAAUGUCAUUGAACGAAGACUCGUUUUGGGCAAAAAUCAAUGAAGAUCGUUUAGCAAAUGAUGUGCUAUUGAGAGAGCUGAAGGACAGAUUUGCAGCAAAUCCAGGCAUCGGAACAGGACAAACAGUGGCGAUAAAAGCGGCGAAAACAAGCAAACAACCACAGAUAUUGGAUGAUGCGAAGAAUCUUCAAGCUCUUGCGAUUCUUUAUGGUUCUUCGAAGAUACAAUGCAAGCAAUGGGUGAAAGCGAUUCUAAAGGUUGACUCAGAUCUCCUCUCAGCAAAUACCCUCGAACAAUUGAAAACAACUCUACCACCAGUUGAUAAAAUGAAAGAAUUAGCAGCAGCGGGUACAACAAUUUUUGACAAAAUGCCUGAAGGAGAACAAUUUGCUGCCGUUGUUGCGAAGAUUCCAGCUCUUCCAUUACGACUUGAUUUGAUGAUUUUUCGAUUAAGACUCGAUGAAUUAAUGGGUGAAUUGAAACCGAGUAUCUCAAGUGUGAUGGAGGCUUGUGAAGAAGUGAGGAGCUCACGGGGAUUUAAAGUUUUUUUGGAAUUGGUUCUACUCUCUGGGAAUAUUAUGGCCGCAAGUGGUCCCGCACACAAAGACACUUUUGCUUUCGAGAUGUCCGUGUUACCGAAACUGAUUGACACGAAAGAUGUGGAAAAUAAGCAGACUUUUCUUCACUUUUUGAUCAAACAAUUGGGUCGGAUUGCGGGUGAACGAGAAGCACGAUUUGCAUUUGAGGAUUUCUAUCAUGUUCCAACUGCAGCUAGAGUGAAUGCUGAAGAAAUUAGUAAAAGUGUUCAACAGCUUAAAUCGAACGUCAAUAAGCUUGAAAACCAUUUGAAUAUACAUAAACCGUUGAAUGGAGAUGAUCGCUUUUCUGAGGUGAUGAAACCAUUCCUACAAAAAGCCAAAGAGCAAGUGAUGCUCGUUGAUACGUUACACGAGAAGAUGAAAGUCGAUUGGCAAGCGUUGACCCGAUUUUUCUCGUUUGAUCAAAAGAAAUACCCGCUUGAGCGCUUUUUUGAGGAUCUUACGCAUUUCAAAAAGCUUUAUGAGGAUGCUUAUAAAGAGAUCGAGAGUGAACGGCAGAAAGAAGAAGAAAAGAAGCGAAUUCCAUUGAAACAAGUGCAAGCGAGUAAACAGAAAAAGCCGUUUAAACAACCCGAAAUCAGCAAGACACCGGCACUCAAGACUGCUCAUGAUACGGCUGGUGUUCUCGACGAGUUGGACAAGAUGAUGAACAGCGGUCUUCUUCAUCAGCACACACCACGAUCCAAAUCGAAAUCAAAAGCCGAAGCACGAAGUCGAAUAGCCAAAGCUGCAUUGCAAAGACAAAGAUCGAGAGUAUCAUAUGAUGGAACAGAGCCACAGCAAACUGCACCGACAACGAUCAACUAUCGAGUGAGACGAGCCGGUCAGCCGCCGGUUCAGAUGACGAUGGAAGUCGACUCAGCACAGCCAAAAUCGAUUCCCUCCGAUCAUUUCCGGGAAAAUAUGAAACCGAUUGGAAAUCAUCCCUCAAUGGACUCUCGAGAUUCGAGUCAAGAUAGAGACAUUUGGCAAAGACUUAAAGAUCUU